GCUGCAUAUGCAGAGGAUGUUUGUGUGGGAUGCUGCCUGUGUCCCCUCCCUGCUCGCUCACUUCUGCUGCACUGACAGAAAGAAGCAUGAUGCCUGCAGAGGGAGAGAAUAUGCCAUUAUGCACUCUUUCUAACUGGGAAUUGACCAGGCAAAAUGCAGAGUGCAGUGUUUUAGCGCUGGAGAAGGCAGAGAGCUUGGCAAGGGGUGCAGCACUCAAAUGGGCCUCCGGCAUAUUCUCUCGCCCUGAUCAGCUGACAAGGCUUGGUCAUUAUCGAAGACGUGAAACUCAACGCAACAACUCAAUACAAACCAGGCUAAAAUCUGCAGUCCAGUCUUAUGUGGAAGGAGUUGAACAGGGAAUAAAACAUCUUCACAACGCACUCACGGAAGUACAGAAUGUGCAGCGAGAAUUAAACGAGGCACAGGAAAUCUGGCGCAAGAGUGAUGGACAGCGUUCCCAUCUUCAGCCCAUUCGAAAUCUGGUGACAGAACAUGUACAGCUUUCUGUUGUUAUACAAAGCCUGCCUUUUAUCUACACAGUACCUGAGCUGAUUUCUCACACUCAAAACUUGAUUGAGACCCAAAGUCUACUGGAGGCUCAUCGGAACCUGAGGGACUUGGAAAGCUUUCGAGAUGUUGUACUUUAUAGAUUACAGAGGGUAAGGCCAUUAGAGGAUCCCAGUUCUUGUACCAGUGAAGAUGAGCAGCAUGGUGAAGAUCCAGCGGAAUUGGUACAGCAGUUCUUUGCAGGUGUAAAUAAUUUGAGUGAAGAUUUGGGUCGUCUUUUGUUCUCAUUAGCCCAAUCAGCAGUGAGCUUGGCAUGUUCAAAUCCAUCUCUAUUAGUGUCUGCUGUCCGAAUAAUUGAACGCGAGGAGUAUCUGGAUGCUGAAGACACAAGAGGAUCUCCGCAGCAGCUUUGGAGACCACCUGGGCGUCCAAAACAAUGGAGGGAGAGUUUCUUUCGAGCCUUAGAAAGGGGUGUGUGCGACAGGCUUAUAAAGUCUGGGUUACAGGAAGAUAUUACACCAACAGGUCUAGCAACUGAUUUAAAGGACCUUCAAAGUAAAGUGUUAGAUGAGCUACAGGCAGUAUGUUCUGUGCUAGCUCCAUGUGUUCCGCCACGGUAUGAAGUCUGUCGAGCUGUUGCCUUGAUGUGUCACCAUGCCAUUUCUCGCCAUGUUCGUGAUAUAUUGGGCCGUGAGCUGGCCCACCCAGCCUUGUAUCGUGUUCUUCAUUGGUCAGUAAUUGUGUACCCCAGUGAAGACAUGAUGGGACACCAGGAUUUGUCUCCAGAGAUAGACGCAAAAGAGUUAGGAGCUCUUCUUUCCCCUGAAAUCUUGGAAGAGCAGCUAAAUCGCUACACUCGCAGUGUAAAGGUAUGCUUGGCUCAAUGGAUCCAGAAGGCUUUAGAAGUGGAAUAUGCCGAGUGGUUUAGAAAGCAAGAACCAGAUAAAGAUCAGGAUGGGUUGUAUCUUUCCAGUCUUCAACAACUUGUUAUGCAGAUGCUCGCAGAGAAUGUGCAGCUGGCCUCAGUCCUGGGUGAGACUCUGGAGAGUCGGGUGAGAAAUGCGGCUGUGCUAGAGAUGGAUAACUGCUUGGUUUGGCUACGAGAAGCCCUAGUAAAAUAUGGCAUUGAACAUAUGAAGGACAGGACACAUCCAACGUACUACAUACUCUACCUGCUGGCCAUAAUAAAUGGUUGUACUGUUUUGAGUUCAUCCAUCUCCUACUUGCAGCCUGAGGACUCUGCCAGUCCUGUUAUCAGAAAAAGUACUCCCUGCUUGCAGACCUCAUUAGACAAGACCCAAAAGAAAGCAUGCCACCUGCUUCUGGAUGAGCUGCAGACAGAGUUGCAGCCUCUCUUCUUGCAAAUUCCAUCACGCACCUGGUUGUCAGGAUCAGAUACCAUGCACAUCAUCUGUGAGAAGGUAGAACUUUUUAACCAGCACUUGUCCAUGGCCAGAGCUCCCAUGUGUCAGUUUCUUCUGGGACAGACCGAGAGGAUGCUUGUAAUUGAGUAUGUAAAAGCAUUCAUGCAUAGCAAGAUGGUGUGUAAGAACCCUCUGGAAAGGCAACAGAUGGCUGAGAGGAUGUCUUCAGAUGCUGAAGAGUUGAGGGCUGCUCUAAGCAGGAUGGAUUUAGAGCAGUCUACUCUCUGCGUUCCACUUAUUUUGUCAAUCAAGGAGAUCUUUGCUCUCAAGGAUCCAUCGUUACUCAGCUUGGAAGUUUCGGGAUUAAUGACCACAUUUCCAGAUAUCAGUGAUGAUCAUGUUCUUGCUCUUAUGGAGCUCCGUGGGGAUGUAAACAGAGACCUUCGGCAUACUGUGCUAAAUAUGAUGCAGCAGCAGACAUUGACUCUUCCCAAGGAUUACCGCCCAAUCUUCAUGAGUAUAUCUGUACCAGCACCAGCGCCACCAUUUUGCCUACAUCCAAGCUCAUGUGCUUAAUUUGUCUGUAUGACAGCAAUCAUCUCCAUAGCCUCAUAUAUCAACAUUCAACUAUAACUACAAAUUGCAAGAAGAUAAGAAUAAAGCAGUUUCUUAUCUGAUGGUACAUAAAAGUUAAACUACUGUUUUCGAUGCACAAAUUACUUAUCCUUUAUGGACACUGUUUCAAUAUAAUUUUGUUUUCUACAAAGCACAACAACUUAUUUAUCUUAAUGUUAGUAAUUAAUCCAUACACUCAGAAAACAAGAUUGGUCUUUCAUGUCUUUUAAUCUACAGUAAGUGCCUAAUAAAGUCAAAUAAUAAGU